AUGCCUCCGUUGAGCCCUCUACAGCCUCUUCUCAAUAUCACGUCUCCGCGGUGGGGUAACAGACCACGACCAAGACAUGCCUUCCAGAUCCAAAAGUAUCUGUUCCACAGCACUAAGAAUGAAGAUGAAAUAUUCCCAUACAUUCAGACAGAGCGGAGCUCGCAGGGUCCCAAGCGAAAAGAGUUGUUGAGGAGGUUGAGGUUUCCACGAGAGUACAAGUCUACUCCUGACAAGUUGUGGUGCGUUCUGAAGCAUACUCCGCAGCUUCUUAAAACUGUCAUUGCUGUUAGCGUCCAGUUUCGAUCCUGGCAAAGAGAACGACUACCCCACGGCAUGAGAGUAAAGAGUCGCAUCGGGAACUUCUUCUACCAUCUUCUCACACAGAGAGAAGGCAUAUGCAGAAGGAUGCUUAAUAUGACGAUUAUGCCUUGGGGUUAUGUAUACAUUGGGACGGGGGAUUCUAUGCGACCGACGUACAGCGGCAAGUUUGCUGUUUCAUACACUGCCUAUGCAUACGUGGGUAGUCAAGAUAUCAGUCCAGGCGAUGUGGUCUUCGCUCUAGGUUGGAAAUGGAAUGUUGACAUUGGGUGUGUGAUCAAAAGAGUAGCAGGCCUUGAAGGUGAUCGGAUAUGGGUUGAUCCAGGACGCAACAGGGCAAAGUUUAUCAUCCAGGUAGAGCGUGGACAAUGCUUUCUUCUCGGGGAUAACCCCUCUCAGUCUUCGGACUCACGUGGGUACGGUGCAGUCCCUGUUGAAGCCAUCUGGGCCAAGGACAAAUGGCAAUGGGGCCCAGACGGAUUCUCGUGGAUUGAUCAUAGUUGGCAUCCAUGGUUGAAGAACAGAAGUAUAGUACACCUGAAACCCGGGCAGAACCGUCCACCACACCAGACAGAGCCUGAUGAGCCGCCCUCGACCAGGAAACCAGCGAAGAAACGAACCGUAAUCCUCAACCCCAAAGUAAAGCCUCCGCCUCCGCUUCCGCUGUCGCCUCUAAAGAAACAGCGAAAGGAUCCGAGGAAGAAAAGCUAA